AUGUCUCCUAUUGAUCCACCAUUAUAUGAAGAAAAUGAAAAUGAUUCUCUUUGGUCUGAUGAUGUUUCAUUAGCAUUAUGUUUUUUAGCAAGUUUAGCUCAUCAUGGAGAUUAUUCUCAAGAACAUUUAUUACAAAGAUAUUUUCAAUGGUGGAUGAAUGGUUAUAUGUGUCCAACUGGUCUUUGUUUUACUCUACAUAGUGAUAUAAAAAAAAAUCAAUUGAUAUAUUUGGUGAAACUCAAGCGUCUCAAAAUGUUUGGAAAAAAUACAUCAAUUGAUGUUUUUAUUGUUUAUAUUGAAUUACUUGUUAAUGCUCUUAAUGGUCAUUCAAAAAACAAGAUAUCAUUAAAUUAA